AUGGCGCUGAUCACCUUUCUGGCAGUUCGCUACUAUACGCCAGGUCGGACGGAGAGGGUGACCAAGGCAGUGAUGCUCCAAGCUGCGCAGUUUCAAGCCGACAGUCUUGAAUUCGAAGGCACGUCGGAAGAACAGAAUGUCGAAAUUCUCCCGAGCAAACUUACAGAAGCCACCACGGAUGAUGCAGAAGAUGAACAAUCCACGGAUGAGGUUGAAGAAACCACAUUCUAUCAGGAGCCUGAUAGCCCAAUAGAGCAAUACGUGCCAUUGCAUCAAAGUGCUGAGGAUGUGACCAUCGUGGCUGCGGCGGCGGGAUCUGAGAACACCGACUGGAUCCAGGAUUUCUGUGACGAAUACCAAUGUAUCCCAUAUCUAUAUUCUUUGAAUGAGGUACCCAGUGAAGAUUACCUCACACCUUACUCCAGACGAGGCCACGAAGCAAGUGCUUACCUUACCUAUAUCAUCGACAACUAUUAUCGCCUCGCACCUUAUACGAUCUUCAUUCACGGUCGGGAAGAACAUUGGCAUAAUGAUAUUGCAGGGCCAAGGACUCGUGAUGUGCUCGUCAAUCUUCGCUACGAGCCAGUGAGCAUCAAUGGCUACGUAAACUUGAGAUGCGCGAGCCGGCCCGGGUGUCCAAGCACGAUGUUCCAGGCUUUCCCUGUAGAGAUUGACGAGGACUAUCAGUACUUGGUUGAUCAGCUUCCUCAAAUCCUAUGGGAGCUUCUGAGAAUCCCUCCCAGUGAAACUCCGGACGACAUCGGCCAUCAGUGCUGUGCUCAAUUCGCUGUCAGCCGCGAACGAAUUCAGGAAAGACCCUUGGAGGACUAUAUCCGCAUCAUGAAUUGGAUUGGCGGAACGGAUAUAACGGAUAAUUAUGGUCUCGGGUGGCUGAUUGAGAAGCUGUGGCAUAUGAUCUUUGGUAUGCCUGCUGUGCAGUAA